UGCGCCCUCCCCCUCAGAGCCACGCCACACGACUUGGCGCAGGUCCCGUCCCUUUCCAUCUGCGGGGCGGCAGGAGGAGGUCCGAAGCAAGAUGGCGGUGAAUCAGAGCCACACCGAGAACCGCCGCGGGGUCCUCAUCCCUAACGGUGAAAGUCUCUUGAAGCAGUCUCCGAAUGUGGAGCUCUCCUUCCCACGGCAAUCAGAAGGCUCCAAUGUCUUUAGUGGUACAAAGACAGGAACAUUGUUUCUCACUUCAUACCGGGUGAUUUUCAUAACUUCGCGCUCCAUCAAUGAUCCCAUGCUGUCUUUUAUGAUGCCAUUUGAUCUGAUAACGAACCUCACCGUUGAACAACCAGUAUUUGCUGCAAACUUCAUUAAGGGAACUAUUCAGGCAGCUCCAUAUGGUGGCUGGGAAGGACAAGCUACUUUUAAAUUAGUCUUCAGAAAUGGAGGUGCCAUUGAAUUUGCCCAGUUGAUGGUGAAAGCUGCCUCUUCUGCUGCCCGAGGAUUUCCACUUAGAACCUUAAAUGACUGGUUCAGCUCUAUGAGAAUUUAUGUAAUUACUGGGAAGGGAAUAUAUGCACUCCACAGAUGCCUUGUUCAGUUAUUGCCUAUGGAGCCCCACCUGCAGGAUAUGGAGCCCCACCUCCCGGAUAUGGAGCCCCACCUGCAGGAUAUGGAGCCCCACCUCCUGGAUACGGGGCCCCACCUGCAGGAUAUGGAGCCCAACCUGCAGGAAAUGAAGGAUAUGGAGCCCAACCUGCAGGAAAUGAAGGCCCGCCUGUGGGAUACAGAGCCUCACCUGCAGGAUAUGGAGCUCCACCUCUUGGCUAUGAAGCCCCACCUGCAGGAAAUGAAGGCCUGCCUGCGGGAUACAGAGCCUCACCUGCUGGAUCUGGAGCCAGGUCUCAUGAAUCUGCAGCAGCCCAGGCUCCUGAAAACGAGGCUUCUCUUCCCUCUGCCUCCUCUUCUUAGGUCCAUUCUUAACCUUCUAAGAUGUAAACCUUGA